AUGGUAGAUUGUAAAAACACCGAGCUCAUUUAUCGCCGCGACGAUAAAAACGAUCAAAUACUGGCCUUUGAGAUCCGGGGCCUACACGUGGAACGGGUCGACCCUAACCAGUAUGUGCCAAACGCCAGGGUACUCAUGGAGACCCUGGUCAGUGACAUGAAAGGCGCGCCGUAUAAGGAUUUUCAGGACUUGGUUGGCUUCACGAUAUUUUGCUUUCCCAAUAUGAAACACCAGGAUGAUUUAAUGGCACUUCUCAUGUGGACGGUGUUCACCUUUCACCUGGAUGACUUCCUUGAGAGUCAAACAACUAAACUGCAAUAUUGGGUGAGGAUAUGGGAGCAAAAAAUAACGGCUGGCCACUCGUUUGGCACCGACUUUUUGGACCUAUGCUUUAAUGAUUUGCGCGCCCGAAUGAACAAGGUACUUUCGGAGAAAUUGAUUCUAAUGCACAAUUCAUGGUACAUGAAAUAUCUGAAUUUCCACCUUGAUACCGAUAAAGUUAAGAAUGGUGAACACGUGUUUACGUUCAAUGAGUACGAUGCACUUAGAUUCGUCGACAUUGGCUUCAUCAUAAUGCAAGUGUUUCUGUACGGACCGUCUAAGUUUGACCCUGAUGAUUAUCCCGAAAUUGUCACUGAUGACGCGUGGACCGAGUUCAACGUGUGGGCCACGAGACACUAUUACUACGUCAACGAUUUGUACUCGAGCAAAAAGGAGACCUUGCAGCACCAGGGCAAAUGUACCCUGAUCUACGUGAUCAUUUGCGAUGACAAAUGCGACGCUCAGACUGCGGCGGAUAAAUUAGUGGCCAUGAUUGCCGAAUCGUGGACCAUGGUCAAUAAGUACGGCGAUAAUCUGAGAGUACAUAAUAUACCCUUGCUACAUCAAUAUAUAACCGAUAUAAUAUGCCUGCUCAAAGGCAAUGUAUACUGGUCAUCGAUUACGCCGCGGUAUAUCAAGUUGUCUAUGUAUGACAACUACCAGCUCCAAGCGUAAUUAACUUUGACAAUUUAAAUUAUAAUUUGUAACGGUUAGUUUCCCUCAAAUAUUUUUUGUAUCCAGUAAUUAUGACCAUUAGUAAUUAUAAUGUGUAUUGGGCG